UUGAUAAACAUAUGAUUUUGCGUUUUGGCCGUGGCUACAGAAAUCAAAUAAGAAAAGGGUUGAUCAGCUUUGUAAGGGGCACUUGGAAAAUAUUAUAACGAAACAUGGCUAUUCGAUUAACUCAGAAACUGCUGCAAGCCCAGGUGCCCUUCUUAACACGAGGAUAUCCCCUGCUGGUGACCAAGGAAAAAACUGAAGACGUGGCACACACCAAAUCGGCUUUGCAAAAGAAAGUAACGGACACGGAUAUACCCUCGGCGCAAUAUGGUGGCCGUCAUGGGGUCACUAUGCUGCCCGGCGGUGGCAUCGGACCCGAAUUGAUGGGCUAUGUUCGUGAGAUCUUCAGAUAUUGUGGUGCUCCCAUUGAUUUUGAGGUAAUCGACAUUGAUCCCUCCACCGAGGGCAAUGAUGAUCUGGACUAUGCAAUUACCUCCAUCAAGCGUAAUGGCGUGGCACUCAAGGGUAAUAUUGAGACGAAAUCGCAAAGUUUAAGCGAAGUCUCCCGCAAUGUGGCCAUCCGCAAUGAGCUUGAUCUCUACGUGAAUGUGGUGCACUGCAAGUCAUAUCCAGGCAUUCCUGCGCGCCACAAGGACGUCGAUGUUGUGCUCAUCCGCCAGAACACGGAUGGUGAGUAUGCCAUGUUGGAGCAUGAGUCUGUGCGCGGCGUUGUGGAGAGCAUGAAGGUGGUUACUGUGGACAAUGCUGAGCGUGUGGCACGCUAUGCCUUCGAAUAUGCGCGUCAGAACAAUCGCAAACGCGUGACGACCAUCCACAAGGCAAACAUCAUGAAACUUUCGGACGGUCUGUUCCUGGAAGUAGCCAAUCGUGUGCACAAGGACUAUCCCGAGCUGGAGCAUAACAACAUGAUUAUUGACAACACUUGCAUGCAGGCCGUCUCGAACCCCCACCAGUUCGAUGUCAUGAAUAUGACUAACUUGUAUGGCACAAUUGUGUCGAACGUGAUUUGUGGACUGAUUGGCGGCGCUGGUCUAAUCUCUGGACGCAACUAUGGCGAUCACUAUGCCGUCUUUGAGCCUGGCACCCGUAACACAGGCACUGCCAUUGCCGGCAAGAAUAUAGCCAAUCCCGUGGCCAUGAUCAAUGCCAGCAUUGAUAUGUUGAAUCAUUUGGGCCACAAGGAGCAUGCGCAGGUUAUCUAUGACGCUACCUACCAGACAAUUGUUAACGAUGCUAUUCGCACGCCAGAUCUCGGCGGCAAUCACAGCAGCACCGAUGUGGUUGAAAACAUUCUCAAGAUCUUGAGUGCCAAGCGCGUGAAUUGGCCACAUGGAAAAUUUUUCACCCAGUCUUAGGUACCCUAUCCGAAUACGCAAGCUAAAGCCCUACUAAACAGCAAAAAUAAUAAAACCAAAAAAUAAAAUAAAAUCUUAUAAUAAAUUUGAUAUUAACCCAACUAAGCCAAUCAGAACCAACAACAAUUGUUAAAAGUUAUUUCAUCUUCAAAGCCAAUGCAUAAAGUGUUUAUUGUGAUGUCAAUAAAUAUUGUUAGAAGCAAUCCAUUUAUUUAUUUAAUGUGGUCAAAACAUUAUCGCUGCUUUACCAAUUGAAAACAAACAAAUCUCCCCGCCCCGGCUAUGUGUUAUGUGUUCUGUGCACCUCCGACGCUCAGUGUUAUACUGCAGAGCUUCUUUCGAGUCAGUAAUGCUUUGAACUACUUUGACUCUUUUUAAACUUUGUUGACCCAAUUUGGCAAGAGCACAAUCCUUAAGCGAAAAAAAAAAUACAGCAAAAAACUCCCUUCUGCAAUAUUGUCAAGUUUGAAAAGUGUACAGUGAAGCCAUAGAAUUGUAUAUUAUAGACACGACUAUAAGAAUAUUAAAUUAAAUUCAAGCAAAAUGUAUUAUUCUGUUCGAAUAUUUAUUAAAAAAUUGAAAAAAUACUA